GAUGAGAAGGAAUGGGCAAGUCUCCUGAAUUUUCUCCAUUUCAUAAGCUUCAAAUCUAAUAGACCGAUUGGUGUAUUGUGAUGUGGUUCAUCACAUCUCAUGUACUGACCUAGGAUUAAUAAGUCAACUGAUUACUUCUAGAAGAUGCGUUUUACCAAGAACAGUCACGGACGGAGUCUCUGCUGCACAUUGAUUUGACGAUUGGAUAGACCUCUGUGAUUUUCUUAGUCGUUGUGUAAAGAUCAUGGAUACAUUGUCAGGUGCUCUCUGGUCGUGCUGGUUGUCAUUGUUCUCGAUGUGGGGCAGAUAAUGAAUGUCAACUUGUCAAGGAUACUUGGGUUGUUGUAGGCUCUCUAUUUCACUAAUAGUACAACAGACAUAUUGGAAGGGAUACAUCAUCAUCUCAUCACUGAGCACUAUCAAAUCCUUUGGAUUUUACAAGAUGGACCAUAAGAGAGAAAACCAACUUAUAACUGAAUAGACUCACUGGCCUGCUGUGUCGCCACGAUUGAGAAGAAUUGGUUAAACAAUAUGGAUUGAUAAAGUGGGUAUCCUAAUAAAUAUUGUACAUGUAUAUCCGGAACUAUGCAUAUCGCACAAUGACAGAAUAAAGCUCAAUUUAUUUACACAUUAUCCAAAAUGGAUCCCAUGCAUAUUCGCAGCACGAUCUGUUAGAGUAGUAUCCUCUCUCCAUUCUACAUCUAAUUCGAGGGAAAGAAUAUUCCAAUCAAAUCGGGAUCAUGCCUCUGCGUGAUUCACGUACGAUGCAAGGCAUGUCCUACAGACAGUCCCCCGCAGAAACACUUAGUGGAUGUCGUCAUCUCCGCUGUAAAGCAUUCCUGGUCACCGUCCUUGGCGUACUCCUGGUCGCAUCUUUCCCCGCAACCUACUCCUCAGCCAUGCUCAUCGUCGGCGUAUUUCUCAUCCUCCUCGGCUCAGCUCUCGCUUUCAUGUACUACGUCGCCAGGGAUUUGGGAAAGGAAAACACGGCAGCUGGACAGGGCGUGAAUCGUAGCUGGAACCGUAUCCGUCGACAACGACUUCAACGACGUCGUCGUAGGAACUCAGCAACCAGGAGAUCGGCUAAUACUAAUCCGACAUCGGGAGAACAUGAUCAUGAGGAUACUGCUCCUCCGCCGGCAUAUGAGACUAGUAUCAGUGUUGAAGAGCUUAUGCGUUGCCCGGAACCCUCUGGUUGGACCUUUCUACCCUCCGAUCCACCUCCAGUAUACUUUCCACCAAUCACAGCUCUCGACUCAAAUCACUCUCACACGGCGACAGAUGAUCAUCCCGAAACUGACCAAUCACAAUCAGCAUUGCCCAUCUAUAGCAUCAGUCGUGAGCUGAGUUACACACUACCGACGUACGAGCAAGCAUUAGAUGAAACUCAUACUCAUGGGGCUAUGAAUGAGAACGAUGAUGAUAAUGGUACACGCCUCUCUAACCAAGAUACGGUUGUUGUUGAACUGGAUGAUGACCACGAGAUAGACACAGUACAACCUACAUUUUUAGUAUGUGAAACAAGUGUGUCUAAUUCUGACAGUAUACAACAGUUACUUAAUAUCGGGUCUGCACAGGGUUACCGUGAAAGUGUUGAUACUAUAACCCAGGUCUUAAUAUAGCUUGAAAUUAUACAUACAUUUACACAAUGUAUAUUCAUGUAUUAUAAAAGGAAACUAAUGUGACCUUUUUGUUAUAGGGCCUAAUCAUUAAAUUAGUAAUGUGUGUUUGACUACCAUGUGGAGCCGUAUUUCGCAAGGGGAGCUGACGUCUUUCGCCUUCAUUUUUUUAAUUUCCAGCUUCGAAUUUUGAGAGCGAGUAAAGCGACCGAGCUAAAAGAAUUAUUGUAAAGGCAUUGUAUCUCCAUCAAAACGCCCAAGACAAUUAUUAUACAAAUACAUAUUAAUAUGUCAUCUUGCUAUACAUCUGAGUGAUAGGGAUAAUCGUCAUUGGCAAGCGCAGACUGUCUUAUAAAAUGUCAAUCAAUAUGGAUGAAUAUAUGGAGGAGGAAAGAUUAGUAGAUGAGGAACUGUAACUCAAUAAUGUCAUUCGUACCAAAAGUAUGAGAUGGAAUAUGGCUACGUAUAUGCUUAUUUGCAUGUUAAAUCGUAGAAUUAUAUAUAGGUCACAUGUUUAUACAAAAACGAUGUUGAAAAGGAACUCUGUACAGAAAAAUAGAGGAAACGGAGAAGGAAAAUAAGAAGGAAAUACCAGCCCUUUGGUUCUACUGAAACAUACAUGUACAACCCAUAC